AUGCUCGCUUUUGUUGUCGCCGCCGCACUCCUCGCCGGCUCCCAGCUCGUCCGCGCCGAACCCGUCCCCACCGCGCCCGGUCCCGGCGACGUCUUCACCCAGGGCGGCAAGUGCUCGUUCAGCUGGACACCUGACACGACCGGCACGUGGAAGACGAUGAACGUCGAGCUCAUGACCGGCGGGAACCUUGGUAUGGUCCACCUCACAACUGUCGCUACGCUUGAUGGCACUGACCCUGCUACGACGUCGUACGAAUAUGACUGCCCCGAGGUGUCGCCCAACUCCGCGAUCUACUUCUACCAGUUCAGCACGCCCGCCGCGCCAAAGAACCUGACCUGGACGACCCGCUUCACGAUCGCCGCAGCGGACGGCACCACCGCCACCCCGACCGAGUCCGACACCUCCCAGGUCACGACGACGAUCCUCUUCGGCACCGGCUCGCUCGUCGACGCCGCCGCCGCGACCGCCGCGCCGGGCUACCUCAACGGCGCCACGGCGGCGACGACGACGACGACGACCCCGGGCAGCACGGCGGCGACGACGACGGCGACGUCGGCGGGCUCAAAGAUCACCACGUCGCACUCGUCCGCGCCCGCGGCGCCGACGAGCGCGAAGCCGAGCACGACCUCGAACACCACAAGCUCGGCGGACAACAGCGGCGCGAUCGGCGCGGGGGCGGACGGCCUCCUCGCGAGCGCGGGUGCCGCGCUCGUCGUCGCUGCUCUCGCGUUCUCGGCCUCCUCUGAUCGCCGCAACUUGGUCGUUCAUGCCCAUUGA